AUGACCGCCGUCGUCGCAAAUCCUCCUGCUAUCAGCACGGAGAAUAUCAAAAAUACUCUCCGUUCGGAGAGUCCAGAAGAGAAGCAAAGGAGAGCUCGUUUCCAGAUGGAGUUUUACUUUUCCGAUUCCAACCUGCCUUACGACAAAUAUCUCUGGACUGAACAUGACAAAACUCCGGAUCAUUGGAUUCCCCUCGACAAGUUUUACAAGUUCAACCGCAUGGCCGAGUUUCAAUCCCUUGGCCUCGAGUGGCUCGCCGACACCCUUCGCGCCAGUACACUCCUCGAGAUUGAUGAAGAAGGAAAGAACGUCAGGCGUCGCACUGCUGUAGUCGAAAGGCCCAAGCCGUCAGUGGACGAACGCAGCGUCUAUGUGAAAGGAUUCCCGACUACAGAGUAUCGCGAUAUGCAAAUGGAUUUGGAGCGCUACUUUGCGCGCUUUGGUGCAGUCGCCUGCGUAAGAAUGCGCCGAGAUCAGGACAAAAAGUUCAAGGGCAGCGUAUUCUGCGAAUUCUCCGACGUAGAUACCGCAGAGCGCUUCGUCAAGCCUGCAGACGGCUCCAAACGCGAGUUUGAUGGCACAGAGCUCCUCGUCAUGAAAAAGCAAGACUACGUCGCGAUGAAGUGUGAAGACAAGAACGUCAAGCUACCGAAACCAAUCCCGCCUAAACCUCGUCCAACAUUCAACGCUUUCCGGCUCAUGAAACGAGAAGGCCGACAAGACCUUGGUGCAGAGCCUGGUCACGUACCCGUCGUCAAGCAGUUUAAUAUCCUCGACCAGGAGCUGGACAUUGAACUCGAUCCCGAGGACAAUGUCUGGAAACUCGCCAAAGAUACAGACGUUCGCUAUGUCAAACGUGCCAUGGUGGGCUUUGUCGCCGAGGGCAACGUCAAAAUGGGCGCAAUCAAGGCUGGUCUUCGAGAAAUGUUCAGCAUGCCUUCUUACGUCGUCAAUCCUCCUGAUACGAAUACGGGAUACGUGGUAUUCCAGCGUGGUCUCGAUGACGCCGAGUGGAAAAAGCUGCAAGACGGGCCCGAUUUCAUUGACGGUGCUACAUACAAGUGGCGAGAAUUGUCGGAGGAUGAAGAGCGCGCUCAACAACUAGAAUAUGUCAAAUCCUCUAUUGCUCGUCGAGCAGACAAGGAAGACGUCUUUAUCAAAGGGAAGAAACCAGUCAAAAGGGGGGGACACGAUAAAGGCAAAGGUAACAACAAGAGAAGGGAUACCAGGACGUCGGCACCAGCAGCUAUCAAAUCCCAACCCAAGACGGAGACAUCGGCUCCAUCUACCAGUGCAUCUGGGGACGCUGCCUCCUCCAGCGCCAUGGAUACAGACGCUGCGAAUAACAAGAGGAAACGCGACGCUGAGCCAGAUGGUCCGGAAACGGGAAGUAGGGACGCUGGACCAGCUACCAUCAAAAAGGCUCGUCGAGAGUGA